GAGACAGAGACAUCUGUAACCUGUGAUUGUAACAUGCGGGUGUGUGUGAAGGUUGGAGUCCAGGUUUAUUGUCAACACGCACACACUCAGCGCUGCAGGCACUAAACAAGCAUCAUGCGUCUCUUACCCCUGCUGAUAUUUUUGCUGCCAAGUCCAUCAUGCACAGCAGCGCAGAGCCGCCAGAAGAGAGCCUGGAUCAUCGACUCCUACGAGAUAGAAGAAGGGCACCCGGGGCCCUUCCCUUACGUAUUGGGCAAGGUGGCUAUCGACCGCAAAUACCAAGUACUCUUCAACCUGAGAGGCCAAGGAGUGGACAAGGACCCGAAGGGAGUCCUCAGAAUCGAAGAGUCGACGGGCAGGAUUCUUGUCUACAGGCCGGUGGACUUCGAGGAGUACAGAGUGCUAGAGCUACACUUUGAAGCCAAGAAGCCGGAGGACCAUUCGAUUGACACUCGACUAGGAAUUGAGAUUGCAAUUCGAGACAUCAAUGACAACCCGCCACUCUUCGAGGAACCUCUGUAUGAAGUCACGGUUGAUGAGGUUCUUUCUCAAGGCUCCUAUCUCCUCACCGUAUUCGCCUUUGACAGAGAUAAGCCAAAUACCAGCAACUCAACUUUCCACUACGCCAUCAAAUCGGUUUCCCCAGAAUCUUCGAACAUCGAAUUCGUCCUUGAAGAAACUGGAGCGCUGUCAUUUAAAGGCUGUUUCGAUUACGAGGUGGCCAGCAAGCACACGCUGGUGAUAGAGGCUAUAGACCAUGGUGAGGUCGUCCAGUUGUCCAGUUCAACUACAGUCGUCAUCCAUGUGGAGGACGGUAAUGACCACCUUCCAGUCAUCACAGGUCAAUCGGGCUCAGGCAAAGUGAAGGAAAACGAGUUUGGAGUCUCUCCUCUGCGCCUCCAUGUGAUGGACAAAGACAUGACACAGAGCAGAGCCUGGACAGCCAAAUACACCAUUCAAGGAGACGAGGGAGGAUACUUCAAGAUAGAGACAAACGCAGAGACUAAUGAUGGGAUUUUGACUGUUGUGAAACCAUUAGACUUUGAAGACGGAGCAUUGAGAGAGCUGAAGAUAUCAGUCGAAAAUGAGGUGCCGUACUUCUCCUGCAAAGUGAAAAGGCGGCCGUCCACGGGCCUCUGGGAUGUUGAUUUCACCGAGGAGCAAAUCGAUGACAAGAACAUUCAGCGUAACACCACAACAGUUGUCAUCGAGGUAGAGGACGUGAACGACCCCCCGAACUUCGUCGUGACCGUCAUAGAGGCCACCCUGAAGGAGGACGCGCCGAUCGGAACCUGGCUGGCGAAAGUGACGGCUGUGGAUCGAGACGCCACUGCUUCAAGAGACUUCACCUACAAAGUGGAAAACGAUACAGCAGGGUGGAUGAACAUCAAUCCCCAAACUGGGGACAUCACUACCAGAAAGAUGGUGGACAGGGAAUCAGACCAUGUUAUCAACGGCGUUUACACCCUGAUGCUGCACGCAGUGGAUAAAGGAGAGCCACCAAUGACAGGCACCGCUACACUGCAGAUCCACCUUAUUGAUGUGAAUGACAAUGUACCAAAACUGGCCGUGAACCAUGUGGAUGUCUGCAUGUCCGACGGCCAAACUCCAACCAACAUCUCAGCCCAUGAUCUAGACGGUGCACCGUAUGGAGGGCCUUUCAACUUUGAGCUGCUUGGAGACGUCAAAGGACAAUGGAAACUGGAUCCAUCUUACGGUUUCACAGCUGGGCUGGUGAGGGAUUCUAGUGUACCUGAUGGCUUUUACACUCUUAGAGUGAAGGUAUCGGACAUGCAGGGGACUUAUGGCAUUUACGGGCUGAACGCCACCGUGUGCUCCUGCUCGGUGGUACGCCACUGCCCCAAUCGGAUCUCCAGGACGAUUAGCAGCUAUGGCGCUGUAGGCAUUGCACUGGUUGCAGUGGCUUUAUUCUUGCUGGCUCUGUUGGCAGCAUUUCACGUCUCCUGCAAAACAGUAUUUAUCUCCAUAGACCCUGACGCUAAUGGAAGCCUAGAGACUUCAAACACUGAAGCACCAGGGAGUGGGAAUGAGUUUGGGAAAUGGCUACUUAAUGCCCCCCCUGAAAACUUGAGGGUUACAGAAGACAUUUGGAAAGGUAGCGGACACAGCUUCAUCAGUAACGACUCAUGGAGGUACAAGAGGAGAACUUUUUCCAGGAGCAGUAAGCAUUGGAGCAAGACUGAAGAAUGGAACGCUACCUUUCGGCAGACUGGCAACCUGUCCAGGGUGUACCUCACCUCUCCCCCAAAACGGUCACUGGAGAUCAGCACCAGGACCCCUCCUGACCUCACUGGAGGCAAUGGUGUACAGAGAAUGGAUGAACUCAAAGCGGAGUUAAACUACCAGGCGAUUUAUGAAGGACUCUCUCUCCACUUUCAGCAGAAGCUCUCUUCUAUCCAGGAACAAAUGCCCGAGCUGCUUGAUUAUGAACCUCAAAUCUACGCAGAAGAGGGGGAACCCAACAGUCCUGCAGAUCUGGAUUACCUCGACAUUCCUGAUGAGCAUGCGUCACUUGAAGUCCUUGAGAAUUUAGGCCCACGGUUUAGUGAACUGGCUGCCUGUGUGUUAAAUCACAACCACAGGGACUAGUACCACCUUUACACAACAUAGAGUUUAAUAGCAACUGUUGCACAUUUCUCCACUUUUAAUAUUUUACAAGGAGCAGAAAAAAAAUUCCAAUGUCAAGAAAAAUUGUUUCAAGACCAUUUGAGUUACACAUAAGUACAUAGAUCAAUACACUAAACAGAAAUGCUAUCCUGAUCCAGGGACAGUCAAUACUGCCUGCUUCUAGUACACAGGUGCUGGACUAAAAAUAAAUCGCUCCCACUUCAUGUACACAAGCCAAAGCUUAAAUAUUAAAUGAAAAUACAUAUGUCAAGUCAGAAGGAUGGAUUUAAAUUAGAAAACGUUUACAGUAGCAUUAACAAAAAGGUUUUCACACCCUCCCACUGCCUAUCUUGGCGAGGGUUUGCCGAUCUGUGCUGCCCUCUGCUUUGCGCCCACGUCCCCUGAAUCCUCUCCCCCUCAGAAAGCGACCAGGGACUCCAAAUGUUUCCAUGUUCAGUUUCUUCUCCUCCGCCCAGGUAGUUCUCCUAGGGAGGUCACGUGGGGCAAAAAUAAAAAAUAAGAUGAGCACAGAACAAAGUGGCACCAAUGCAGAGUGGCAGCUUGUAGUACCUGGGUUUAGGGUCUGCUGAGAAGUUGUCGAAGAAACAUUUAGCUUUGUUAUAAUACUUCUCUGCAAGAGUUUCCUCCUGUUGCUCAUGCUUUGAGUCCUGGUCCUCCCAAGAGUCCAGUUUCUCACCUGCUGAACAAAGAAAAGAAAAAUAAAGUCGACGUUUUUCCCUCCAAUUUUACCAAUCUGACAAAAAUGACUGAAACUUGCCUUUAACCUCCUUUGUCAGAUGAUCUUUAAACUGAGCAUUCGCAGUUUCAAAAUCAAAAUCUGCCUCAAACUCCAAAGCUGUGACUUUAGAGUUUUUCGCCAAGAGCUGGCCACGACUUCUGGUCCUGGGCCUGCGACUGCCUACGAAUGUGCAUCAGAACCAACUCAAUUUUGACUGUUUUUAAACUGGCAACGGGAAAAAAUGUUCCCCAGUUUUAUUUCAUUCUGUCAAAAGAAGCACCACCACAUCAAGUUGGUUCUACCUGCCUGAGACAUGAAGACUUUACUAGAGCAGUAACCAUGACAUGAAGAGUGGAAAGUAAAAGGAUUUUUUUUUUGCUUUUAAUGAAAACAUGCUCUACAACUGCUUUGUUUUCACACCAACUCCAUUCCACUGCAAGGCAUUUUAAAUUUGAUGGAUUCCCAUGCAACAAACACACACCUUUCAAAAAUAGUGUCAUAGCUUAACCUGCAAGUAAGUCAGACUUCACAGAAAGCCUUACACAAACACUGGCUUUUGUAUAUUUCCGUGAUCGCUUUACGUUCACACAUACAGACCUCGCAUAAAUGGAGUAGCUUUUUUUUGUGUCGCGUUUUAAAAUGAAUUAAAGUAUUUCUGAAAAGGUUUUGUAGAAAAGGUUAAAAGCAAAUAAAAAUUAGGAUGUGCCCACCUCUGAAACAGGGGAGCACAUCCUCAUUCUGACUCCCCAUUUUUUCCAGUGUUCCGGGGGAGAAAAACAUUUUUAAAAAAGACGGGCAUUUCAUACCUUGUUUUUGUCUCGUUUUCUGAUCAUCAGAACUUUGGCCUUGUACCUUUGCUGUAGCUGGUUUUGAUGCUUGACCUGAAGAACAAAAAAAAAAAAAAAAAAAAAAAGUUGUUUGGUGCAAUGACAGUUGUGUCCCGGCUUCAGAGUAGACGUAUUUAUUUUAAUUAAAUUAAAAAUGGGGAGUUUGCAAGUGACCUAAACUGGAGCCAUUCAUAUUUUUUUUUCAUGCGAUUGUCAUGUGUGAUGUGAAUAAAAUUCUUGGAGUUAUCUUUGAAA